AUGGCGGCGGGGGGCGGCGGCGGCGGCCGCGGGGCCGGCGGGGGCAGCGCCCCGCGCUGGGGCGGCGGCGGCGGCCGGGCCGCGCCGCACGAGAAGCUGCCGGUGCACGUGGAGGAUGCCCUUUCCUACCUGGACCAGGUGAAGAUUCGCUUUGGCAGCGACCCCGCCACCUACAACGGCUUCCUGGAGAUCAUGAAGGAGUUCAAGAGCCAGAGCAUUGACACACCUGGAGUCAUCCGACGUGUUUCUCAGCUUUUCCAUGAGCAUCCUGACCUCAUUGUAGGAUUCAAUGCAUUUCUCCCUCUGGGCUACAGGAUAGAAAUUCCAAAGAAUGGGAAAUUAAGUAUACAAUCACCUUUGAAUAGUCAGGUGCCCCCAGAGCCCGUUCCCAGUGCGCUCCCUGGCAGUGGGCUGGUGUUGCACUACUCCCAGGAGAACUCCCACAACCACAGCGACUGCUCCGAGGAGUUCCGGCAGCAGCAGCUUCCCUACAAAGAAGAUAAAUCCCAAAUCCCCUUGGAAUCUGAUUCUGUGGAGUUCAAUAAUGCCAUCAGUUAUGUGAAUAAGAUCAAAACACGUUUCCUUGACCAUCCAGAGAUUUACAGAUCUUUUCUAGAAAUCCUUCACACUUACCAGAAGGAGCAGCUGAACACCAAGGGCCGACCCUUCCGGGGCAUGUCAGAGGAGGAAGUGUUCACUGAAGUGGCCAAUCUGUUCCGGGGACAGGAGGAUCUGCUCUCAGAGUUUGGACAGUUCCUCCCAGAGGCAAAAAGGUCUUUGUUCACAGGAAAUGGACCAUGUGAAGUGAACAGUGUCCAGAAAACCGAGCAUGAGAAGAAUCUGGAGCACAGCAAGAAGCGAUCCAGGCCGCUGCUGCUGCGUCCUGUUUCUGGCCCAGCAAAGAAGAAAAUGAAGCUGCGAGGUACCAAAGAUCUGUCAGUUGCAACAGUGGGGAAAUAUGGGACACUGCAAGAGUUUUCCUUCUUUGACAAGGUGCGCAGGGUGCUCAAGAGUCAGGAGGUCUAUGAAAAUUUUCUCCGUUGCAUUGCUCUCUUCAACCAGGAGUUGGUCUCUGGCUCUGAGUUGCUCCAGCUUGUUACACCCUUUUUAGGGAAAUUCCCAGAACUCUUUGCACAGUUCAAGUCCUUCCUUGGGGUGAAAGAACUUUCCUUUGCUUCUCCUCUGAGCGACCGCUCCGGGGACGGAAUGAGCCGGGAAAUCGAUUACGCCUCCUGCAAACGCAUCGGAUCCAGUUACAGAGCUCUCCCAAAAACCUACCAGCAGCCAAAGUGCAGUGGGAGAACAGCCAUUUGCAAGGAGGUGUUAAAUGAUACCUGGGUUUCAUUUCCAUCCUGGUCUGAAGAUUCCACUUUUGUCAGCUCCAAGAAGACUCCAUAUGAGGAGCAGCUGCACCGCUGCGAGGACGAGCGCUUUGAGCUGGAUGUUGUCCUGGAGACCAAUUUAGCCACAAUCCGUGUGCUGGAGAGUGUGCAGAAGAAACUGUCCCGCCUGAGCCAGGAGGACCAGGAGAAAUUUCGCCUGGAUGAUUGUUUGGGAGGAACCUCAGAGGUGAUCCAGCGCCGGGCCAUCUACCGCAUCUACGGCGACAAAGCGCCCGAGAUCAUCGAGAGUCUGAAGAAAAACCCAGUUACUGCUGUCCCUGUGGUUCUUAAGAGGUUGAAAGCAAAAGAGGAAGAAUGGAGGGAGGCUCAGCAGGGCUUCAACAAGAUUUGGAGGGAGCAGUAUGAGAAGGCCUAUUUGAAAUCCCUGGACCACCAGGCUGUCAACUUCAAGCAGAAUGACACCAAAGCUCUGCGCUCCAAGAGCUUGCUGAAUGAAAUUGAGAGUGUUUAUGACGAGCAUCAGGAGCAGCAUUCAGAGGGGAGGAGUUCAUCCACAAAUGAGCCUCAUCUUAUCUUCAUCUAUGAAGACAAGCAGAUUUUGGAAGAUGCAGCAUCUCUUAUCAGCUAUUACGUGAAAAGGCAGCCCACCAUCCAAAAGGAGGAUCAGGCAACCAUCAGGCAGAUUGUGCAUCACUUCAUACCUGAGCUGUUCUUCUCUCAGCCACCUGAACACAACAUUUCUGAGGAAUCAACAGAUGAGGACAGAGAAAACCACCAGGGGCAGAACCUGGAUGCUCCUGAGCUGAGGAAAAAACACGUGCCUGGGCCUCCAAGCAGUCCUUUGGAGACCAAAGCAACCUUCUGUGAUGUGACAGCUGCUGAGCCCCACAACACCCUGGAUGAUGUUUACAGCCUCUUCUUUGUCAAUAAUAAUUGGUAUUUCUUCCUACGCCUUCACCAGACUCUGUGCUCCAGGCUCCUCAAGAUUUAUCGCCAGGCCCAGAAGCAGCUUCUGGAAUAUAGGACUGAGAAAGAGAGAGAGAAGCUCCUCUGUGAAGGGAGGAAAGAAAAAACCAAUGAUCCAGCCAUGGAGCUAAGACUCAAACAACCAAGUGAGGUGGAGCUGGAGGAAUACUACCCAGCCUUCCUGGACAUGGUGAGGAGCCUUCUGGAUGGGAACAUUGACCCCACUCAGUACGAGGACACCCUGAGGGAGAUGUUCACCAUCCACGCCUACAUCGGCUUCACCAUGGACAAGCUGGUGCAGAACAUCGUGCGCCAGCUUCACCAUCUAGUGAGCGAUGACAUCUGCCUGAAGGUGGUGGAGCUCUACCUGAACGAGAGGAAGCGAGGAGCUGCUGGGGGGAAUCUCUCAUCCCGCUGUGUCCGGGCAGCAAAGGAGACCAGCUACCAGUGGAAGGCUGAACGGUGCAUGGCUGAUGAGAACUGCUUCAAGGUCAUGUUUCUCCAGAGGAAAGGACAGGUGAUCAUGACUAUUGAGCUGCUGGAUACAGAAGAAACCCAGACAGAAGAUCCUGUGGAGGUCCAGCACCUGGCAAACUACAUGGAGCAGUACGUUGGGGUGGAAGGAGCUCCCAACACCCAGAACGAUGGCUUCCUCCUGAAACCGGUCUUUCUGCAAAGGAACCUGAAGAAGUUUCGCAAGUGGCAGUGCAAGCAGGUGAGGGCCCUGCGCAGCGAGGUCAAGAGCUCCUGGAAGCGCCUGAUCGGGGUGGAGAGCGCCUGCAACGUCGACUGCCGCUUCAAACUCAACACCCACAAGAUGAUGUUCAUCAUGAACUCUGAGGAUUACAUGUACAGGAGGGGAGCUCUCUGCAGAGCCAAGCAGGUCCAGCCCGUGGUGCUGCUGAAGCACCACCAGCAGUUCGAGGAGUGGCACAACCGGUGGCUGGAGGAGAACGUGUCCAUGGAGGCCGUGGAUGUGGUUCAAGACUGGCUCAUGGGGGAUGAGGAUGAGGAGAUGGUGCCCUGCAAAACCACCUGUGAGACAGUGAAUGUCCAUGGGGUGCCAGUGAACAGAUACAGAGUGCAGUACAGCCGCCGUCCUGCUUCACCCUGAGCACCCAGAGAUGCAGAGCUCUGCUGGUGAAGCACAUUUACCAUGAGAAUAGUGGUGGGAAUGCAAUGUAUGUAUUAAUGAUAUUUAUCCAAACAGCAUUUUACUUUGGAUUAUCAUGUAUUUUCCAUAUGGCAUAGACUUGUCUCCUUGCAGUGUAAUCCUCCAGCCAUCAUGAAGAGACUUUGAAAAGCUUUUAUGGGAAGGGGGCUCUUGGCAUUGCCACACACUUUGGAGCAGUUUCCUGGCUUUAGGAAAGCCACUGCUGACCAGCUCAGUGAGGGGGUGAACUACCACUGGUGGCUUUGUUGGAGAGGUGGAGCUGGGCUGGUGUUUGAGCAGAUGCUGGCAGCUGCUUCCACUUCCAAGGGUUUGAUAUUCCUUAUCUUCCUGACUUUGUGCUGUGUUGGAGCCUGCAGAACUCUUCACUGUACCCUGGGGCUUUGUUAUCCCUGCGACCCAACAAGGCAACAAAUGACUCUUGUUCCUGGUGCUCUGGUGAGAAAAAUGCCAAAACUGACACGGGGAUGGCCAGCACUCAAGGCUCUGACUCUCCUUCAUCAACCAAGUGUUCAGGAGCAUGAACUGAGGGAAGAACCCUGAGCUGUGGUGCUGGGACGGGAGUGAUGCUCAGCCAGAGAUCCUCCUGCUGAAAUCCAGAAAUCCACUGCUUUGGGAGCUGAGGAGCUGCUGCAGACUCUGCCUUCCAGAAUAUCCAUGGGGAGGAGCGUCCAUUGCGAGGUCUGGCCUGGUUUUUGGGUUUGUGUUUUGCAUGUUGGAGGGCAGCUCCGGCGCUGGGCGUUUCCCUGCCCUGCCCACGGCGCUCGGGGCUGCAGCACAUCGGUGCCAUCGGCAGAUGGAGCUCCCGGAGCACGGCUGGGAGCUGAGACCCAGCCCAGGGGCUCUGCUGUUCCUGCUGGGUCAGCACAGGCGCUGGGUUGGCAGGGACACACGGGAAUCUGCGAGGAGCAGAGGGAGAUCCAGCCACAACCAUCCUAGAGAGCAUCCAUACUGCUAUUGAAGCUUUUUUUGCCAUGAAGCCUAACACAGCCUGCCCUGAUCCCUGCAGAACACUACAUCUGACUUUAUCUAGUGAGAAAUCAAGGAAAUUUACUGGUGUUUGUCCUGCAGCCCCACUGUGACUUCUUCACUCCUGUUUUUCAGUGGCCAAGGGCAAGCACGCUGUCUGUGGAGUGUAUUACAAAAUUAACAUUUUUGAGGCAUACCCAGCCUCCUUUCAGCUUUGCUUCCAACUUUUCCCUGGCUUUUGGGGCAAUAACCCCCCCCCCCCUACCCCUGAAACUUUCUGUGGCUUUGAUUUUUAGGUUAUGAUUUCUGCCAGACCUAAGGAGCAGCCUGUAGGAUUUGUCCUGGGUUAUUUCCACUGUACGACAUUUGGUUUCACAAUUGUCUCACUUGACAGUAGAAAAAUUGGCCUUUGGGGUAUGUUUAAUAGAAAACUGUCCCAAGUCUUUGUCUUUUUUUGCAAAAUAAUCUGUGGGAGGGAAGGAGGGAAGGAGGGAGGCCACUCUCUGGCAUUCGUGGCCACUUGCACAACCACUGCCAGCAGAGACUUUGCAAGAGCCCCUGUUCUCCUGGGCUGGGUUUCUGCUAAACUUUGGUUCCUGAAAUGAUCUGAAGGUUCUCCCCCUGCCCUCCUUGCAGUGAUAAGAGACCACGAGGCUCUGCAGGGGCUGGGGGGAGCAGGGGGACAAUCCCAGUGCCAAGCACAGUGUCCCCCUUUCCCUUCCAGCCAACUUACCAAAUCACACCUCAGCCCUGCUCACCUCUCUGCUGUCUCCCAGUGGAGAUGACAAUUGUGCCAAAUUUUAUGGUUUUAUGAUACAGAAAACUGUUUACUAGAAAAUAGGUGGCAACUUGUGGCUUAAAAUGCAUUUGAUUCCAGGUGUCCCAAGGUGGGCAGCACACCUGGGCACCGUCCUGUUCCAUCACCCAUUCUAAGUGUACUUCAGGUAUUUUUAUCCUUAUUUUGUAAACCUUAAUUUAUAAUCUGAACUGAUUAAGCAAGACUUUUGCCCUUUUACAGUGCUAUUGUCUCAGAGCUGAGAGUAGCAAAGGAUGUGAAGGGAAUAUCAGGCAGGUUUGAGAGGGGCUUGUUCAUGUCUGAGGGUUUCAGCUGUGUAACUGCACGACCUUGAGUCAAGAGUUUGUUCUUCCAUUUGUUUGAAGGAUUCUUUGCUUUUGGGCUUGUAAUUGCUUUGCCAGCUCCUUGAAUGUAGUUUUUUUUAUAUUUAUUUGCACAUUCAAGUAAAAUAAAAUAUUGAUUUUAAAAGUC